AGUGAAUGCAUCAAAAUGAAGUUCUCCGUUGCAUGUCUGGCCACUCUGGCCCUACUAUCCUCAAAAGUUCGCUCCAACGAAGUUGAAGUAGCUGAAGAUCGAGCUACCCCUACGGUUGAUCAUCUACUGCAAAUCGUCCAGCUGAAAUUGGACGAACUGUUCGUCGAGAGCAGCGAACAGGUCGAGCAGCUGCUGACCGAACUGUACCAUCUGCGCCAGUCGGUGGAACACGUGGCCUGGCUGACAAACCGGGUCGAGCGAGCCGUCCAGAAGGUCCAGCUGGACAACGACGUCCUGGUGCGGAACGUCAGUCUGCUGACCAGCCAAACCGACAACAUCAUCCUCAACCAGCAGUACUGCGCCAACCACGAGGCGCUGAAGAAUCUGUUCUUUGAGCUGACUCCAAAGUGUUUGGGCAAUCAAACGGUACCACCGAUUCCGACCCCAUCCAUCGCGACGACUACUGAGGCUGCUGAAACUUCGACGAUUCCAGAUGAUCCCAUCGUGUACGAGCGAUGCACGCAGGCUCCAUCGAUAUCGGGCGUGUACCGGCUGCGCCGCCAGGACGGAAUCGCUUUCAGCGCGUUCUGCGAGCAGGAACGGUUCGGCGGAGGGCUGCUGGUGUUCCAGAAUCGACUGGACGGGUCCGUGGACUUUAACCGAAGCUGGAGCGAGUUCGUGGAGGGCUUUGGCGAUCCCGCCGGGGAGUAUUGGCUUGGGUUGGAGACUCUGCACCAGGUGGCCUCGAAUGCAACGGAUCUGGUCGUCGCCAUGACGAACUUUUCUGACGUUGAAUUCUACGAGAAAUAUUGUGGUUUUUGGAUCGAUGAUGCAAGUGUCAAUUAUCGCAUUAGAUUUACUACCCAAGGAAGCGGGACAGCCGGAGACUCGUUGUAUUCUUACUUUAGUGAGCACUUCAUGACCUACGACCAUGUCUCCAAUGCAAACUAUAGAGACUGCAUCGCUCAGCUAGGAAGUGGAUUCUGGCACUAUUCGUGCAAUUCGCAGAUUGGAAGGAACAACCUGAACGGAAUCUACGGUCUGGGCAAAGGCAGGCAAGGCAUCUGGUGGGGAACAUUUGGCAAUCUUUCCGUGCAGAAUACUUCUCCGCUGAAAACGGUGCAAAUGAUGGUACGCUACUGAAUAAAAUGUCCUAUAAAAAACAAAAAAAUAUUCUAAUAAAUAUUCUGAAAUAUAUAUGUUGUAAUUAUAAUCAAUCCAAAACAAA